GGCGCCGCGAUCCGCCAGCCCUGGGACGUGUCGGGCUGUCGGGUAACUUCGGUCAGUGCUGGGCGAGAGAAGCAGCUGUUUCAGUCGUGUUGUACCCCCGACUCAGCGCAGCCAGCCCUUGGGUAGCGCGGUCAUCCUGGCCAUGGCUUAUCACUCGGGAUACGGAGCCCACGGUUCCAAGCACAGGACCCGGGCAGCUCCAGAUCCUCCUCCGCUCUUCGAUGAUACAAGUGGUGGCUAUUCCAGCCAGCCAGGUGGAUACCCAGCCCCAGGAGCUGAUGUAUCCUUCAGUGUCAACCACCUGCUUGGAGACCCAAUGGCCAAUAUGGCUAUGGCCUAUGGCAGCUCCAUAGCAUCCCAAGGGAAGGACAUAGUGCACAAAGAGCUGCACCGCUUUGUCUCUGUGAACAAACUCAAGUAUUUUUUUGCUGUGGACACAGCCUAUGUAGCCAAGAAGCUAGGACUAUUGGUCUUCCCCUACACACAUCAGAACUGGAAAAUGCAAUACAGUCAUGAUGUGCCUCUGCCCCCACGGAAAGACCUCAAUGCUCCUGACCUCUAUAUCCCCACCAUGGCCUUCAUCACAUAUGUGCUGCUGGCUGGGAUGGCACUGGGCAUUCAGAAAAGGUUCUCCCCAGAGGUGCUGGGCCUGUGUGCAAGCACAGCUCUGGUAUGGGUGUUAAUGGAGGUGCUGGCCCUGCUCCUGGGCCUCUACCUGGCCACCGUACACAGUGAGCUCAGUACCUUCCACCUCUUGGCCUACAGCGGUUACAAAUAUGUUGGGAUGAUCCUCAGUGUGCUCACAGGGCUGCUCUUCGGCAACGAUGGCUACUACGUGGCCCUGGCCUGGACGUCAUCUGCACUUAUGUACUUCAUUGUGCGUUCUUUGAGGACUGCAGCCUUGGGCCCUGACAGCAUGGGGGGGCCAGCCCCUCGGCAGCGUCUCCAGCUCUACCUGACCCUGGGAGCAGCUGCCUUCCAGCCCCUCAUCAUAUACUGGCUGACCUUCCACCUGGUCCGGUGAUCCCUGGUCCCAGGUGGCACUGAUUUUUCCAUACAUUGAAGAUUUGGUUUCCUUGA